UAUCGAGGGGAAGUCACUUUCAAUGUCAAACUAAAUUAUGAAUUUGUGAGUUUAACAGGACUUUUCGAUUCGAAAAUUAUGGUGUAGUGCCCAAGUUAUUUACAAGUGCUUCGUUAGAACUGACUUUUUGGUCCGACAGUGAUCCAAGGUUCGUAAUAAAUCCUACCGAGCUUUUAGGUUUGAUUGGAAUGGGCCCGACCAAACAAGCUUUGCAUCGGGCAGCCGCAUUAACUUCCGAGAGGCAGAGAAAAUUUCUUCAGUCGCCAAUCGUUCAUCGUUGUUGGAGGUUGUCGACAGAAUGUGUCAAAUUUUUCCUUCCAAAAUAUCGGUUGUUGAGCCGCAAAUUGUGAAAAUUUUUACGAAAAACUGUUUAGAUAUCGUCGAGGUGAUUGUGCACAAGAAAACUACGAUAAAGUUUCCUUUGAAAACAUCGUGUGUUAGCCAGUUGAAGUUAAUUUGAAAUGAAACGUCUUAGAGUGGAUGAGCCUUCGAAAGAAGCCACUUCCGGAUCUCCCUUGUCAGGGCCUUUGUAUCGCCAAUCUUUGCCGAACUCAGCCCCAGCCCUAGCCUACCCAGGCACAGUGAAAGUUUUGAGUGAGGGUAUGCAAUCUAGUUUAUACUCUCAAGCGCCCCCAGUGAGUUACGCCACAAUGCCCGUAGCAGCCGCUCCCCAUUCGGGUGGUAAGCCCCAAUCCAUGCCCCUUUCAGCCACCAGUCAUAAUGCCAUGCAUACUGCAGGUGCCUCGCCGCCCAGCGCCAAUCUCCAAGAGUCCCCGCAGCAGCAAUCGCCCAGCAGUUUUCAGCGUUUAAAAGUGGAAGACGCGCUCUCGUAUUUGGACUUGGUAAAGUACAAGUUUGGCACCAAGCCGCAAGUUUACAAUGACUUUUUGGACAUCAUGAAGGAGUUUAAGAGUCAAAGCAUCGAUACGCCGGGCGUUAUUCAACGCGUGUCGAGCCUGUUUAAAGGUUUCCCGGAUUUGAUUGUCGGUUUUAACACGUUUUUGCCACCCGGUUAUAAGAUUGAGGUGCAAAGAAGCGACCAGGGUGGUUACGCGUUUUCCGUGUCGGUCAGCGUGCCCAGUCCCACUGGUACAGUGUCGUCCGAUCCGCAAAAAUCCUCAAUGAUUCUGAGCGGCUCUGGCCGCAUUAAUAUGUCCGGUCCGCCCAGUCAGCCACCACCUCCACCCAGUCAGUUGCCACAGCCACCGCCACAGCAACUGCCGCAAGCGCAACACAUUGUUUCUGUGCCAUCUCCACAGCAGCAACCGCUAUCUCUUCCUCCAGUGGUUCACCAUCCCACUUCUGGUUAUAGAUUGUCCCCUCAACCCAACUAUGGAUUGUCUUUGUCAGCAGCACAAGCGGCCGUUAAUCACGCCCUGCAAGGACACACCGAACCGCCACAGAACCAGCCUGUGGAAUUCAAUCACGCCAUUAGUUAUGUUAAUAAGAUUAAGAAUCGUUUCCAAGGACAACCCGAAAAGUACAAAAGGUUCCUAGAAAUCCUCCACACCUACCAAAAAGAGCAACGCACAAUGAAAGAGGCCAACGUUGGCAACAACGCCAAACACCUAACCGAACAAGAAGUCUACAGCCAAGUGGCCAAAUUGUUUGAAAAUCAAAGUGACCUGCUAGCCGAAUUUGGCCAGUUCCUGCCAGACGCUACCAGUCACAUUAACCAGGCACCAGUUAUGGAACAUUCCAAUUCAGUCAGCAAGAAAUCUUCGAAACCCUAUCAAAAAGAUCACAUGCCCGACCGGCACAUUUCCCACAAGUCCAGCCAUCAAUCUGGGUCAGUGAAAAGGUCGUCUCCUCCCUAUUCCAGUUAUCAUCACAGAGAUAUGCCACCAACUAAAAAGCAUAAAGUUUCUCCAGCUUAUAGAGAUGUGACUUUGAGUGAAGCUGCCAAAUAUGGAACUUUGAAUGAUUAUGCAUUUUUUGAUAAGGUUCAUAAGGCUCUAAAAUCCCAAGAAGGCUACAACAUGUUCUUGCGUUGCCUGGUCCUCUUCAAUCAAGAAAUCAUCUCCAAAACUGAAUUGUUACAACUCGUCAGCCCUUCCCUAGGCAAAUACCCAGAAUUACUUAAAUUCUUUCGGGAGUUUGUAAAUCAGCACGUUGGAGCCGGCGAAACUGAACCUGUCCAGUACAACUUGCAAAGAUCUGAACGUCCCCCAGGGGGCGAGCACGUGCUCGAAAUCGAUUUCUCAACCGCUAAACGGUUAGGGGCCAGUUACUGUCUCACUCCCAAAGCGCAGGAGGGGCUAAUGUGCUCCGGCCGGACUCAGCUGUGCAAAGAGGUACUCAACGAUCAAUGGGUGUCGUUUCCUACUUGGAGUGAAGACAGUACUUUUGUUAGUUCCCGCAAAACUCAGUAUGAAGAGUACAUGUAUCGCUGUGAAGAUGAAAGAUUUGAAUUGGACGUCGUUAUCGAGACAAACGCGUCAACAAUCAGAGUAUUGGAAGCUGUAAAUAAGAAAAUGAGUCGAAUGAGCCAGGAAGAAUUGAACAAAUUUAAGUUAGAUGAUGGUUUGGGUGGUACCUCGCAUACAUUGCAUCAGAGGGCGCUUAAAAGGAUUUAUGGGGAAAGGGCUCCUGAGAUCAUUGAAGGUUUAAAAAAGAAUCCUUAUACGGCAGUACCAGUAAUCUUGAAGAGGCUUAAAUUGAAAGAGGAUGAGUGGCGAGAAGCACAAAAAGGUUUCAAUAAAAUUUGGAGGGAGCAAAACGAAAAAUACUACCUGAAGAGCCUGGAUCAUACGGGCAUCAAUUUCAAGCAAACCGAUCUCAAAGCCAUAAGGUCAAAGAGUCUUUUCAAUGAAAUUGAGUCGAUAUUCGAUGAUAGGCAUGAACAGACCGAGGAAGGUGCUGAUCCACCUACAGGACCCCAUAUUGUGGUACCCUAUCGGGAAAAAUCCAUUCUGGAUGACGCAGCUAACUUACUCAUACACCAUGUCAAACGGCAAACUGGAAUACAAAAAGGCGAAAAAAGAAAAAUCAAACAGUUGCUCAGACAUUUCCUGCCAGAUUUGUUUUUCCAUUCACGACAACCACUGAGUGAUGAUGAGCGCGAAGAAGACGACGAAAAUGAAGACAAACCUAGUCCGAACAGUUCGCCCAAAAACACUCCCAACAGCAGCAAAGAGUCAAAACCAGAAGAGGGAGCAGCGAUUCCCGGUCCUAGCAGCGAGAGAGAAAGCUCUCCAGACAUCAAAAGUGAUUCGGAAAUGAAGGAUGAAGACUUCAAAGUGCCUCCACAUGCUCAAUCCUCCAACCCUCAGGAAGCCUACUCGCUUUUCAUGGCCAACAACUACUGGUACGUCUUUUUCAGACUGCACGCCAUUUUGUGCGAGCGUUUGCUCAGGGUCUACGAGCGAGCAGUGAAGAUCGCCCAAGAAGAACGAUGCAAUGGGCAGAAUCGCAAAGAAAGCACCGCCAUUGCGCUGAGACUGAAACCAAAACCGCAAAUCGAGUUUGAGGAUUAUUACCCAGCGUUUUUGGAUAUGGUCAAAAAUUUGCUGGACGGUAAUAUGGAGGCGAAUACUUAUGAGGACACCAUGAGGGAGAUGUUUGGGAUUCAUGCCUAUAUUGCAUUUACUUUGGAUAAGAUUGUGUCCUAUGCUGUGAGACAGUUGCAACAUUGUGUUACAGAGAGAACUGCUUUGAGCUGUACUGAAUUGUACUUAAAAGAAAGCAAACGCAAUGCAGCAGGAGGCUUAUGUUCCACAGCUCACAAAAGGUUUUAUUUGGAGGAGGCCUAUCAGAGAGCAGCUGAAAAAGUGGUACAAGACGAUAGUUGCUUCAAAAUCUACAUUUACAAGUGCGAUUGUAGGAUAACUAUUGAAUUGCUGGAUACAGAGCAGGAGCAUACAAAGAAAACUGAAGACACCAACAAAUGGAACAGUUUUAAGGAAUGUUACACAAGCUUACCGCACCCUGAAAGUGACAAGCCCAUAGCGCCCCUGUACUUGGGCAGAAAUUUAAGACUGUACAAAAAACGACAAACACUGAAGAAUAAAAAAUCUAGGAUAUGUCCUGCUGAUGAAGACGACAGUUGCAGCCAGAAUAAGGACCAAAUAGAUUUGAAGACGGCCAACAAUUCUCGACGUGAAAACGAAGAGAACAUGGAUAUUUUCGUCGAAGCGUUGGAGAGGAAAUUGAACGAGCGCGCACCGGAACGCAGCGACAACGCUCAAGUCAACUUCGAAAUAGGCGACGAGCAAGAGUGCAAAUUUAAUAUGCACGAAGCCAAAGUUACUUUUACCUACAAGAAGGACUCCUACCUGUAUAAAAAUAGUGCCUUUUUCAAAGCAAGACAGUCCCAUCCAAAAGUCACCAAACGAAAAUCGUCAAAGUUCCGAGGCUGGCUGAAAAAGUGGGCCAAUUCGAACGUAUCUGACGUCCAAGCGAGACACUGUACGGAUUGGUUGAUGGGUCGCGGCGAGAACGUCGUGCCCAAUCGGACUCGAGUGAUGACAGACAACGAUUUGCAGCGGACACCCUAUGUACCUUACAAUAGGUACCGCGUGGACAUACUGUGUAGUAGUAGUAAUAGUAGCGUGAGUAGUGACGGUGCGACGACGCCGACAACGUAGAAGCGCGUGAAAUGUGUGUGAUUUUGUUUUUGUUUUUCUUUGUUGAAUUUAAUUUAGUUGGGUUGGAUUGGGCGGUAGUUCAAAUUGUCUCUCGCAUGAAACAAGGCAUCUGAGAGGAGGUUUGAACUACCGCAUCUUGACUGAAUAAGGUAAACUAACUGUGAUUUUAACAUGCUUUUUUUUGUAAAGAGUUUUGUUAAAUGUUGCAAGUGAAAUUUGUCUGGGCCAAUUCUGUUUGUUUAUCUAUCCACUUCAAAUAUGUGCUAAUUUUUCAAAAUGUGAAGUUCCUUUAAUAUAUUUAUUUGAUGUUUUUAUAUUUUGUGCAUUGGGGAGGUAUGAUCUAAAAAUUUUCUAAGGGUGUAAACCAAUUAAUUGUGACUAAAUUAAAAGUUUAAGUCUCUGUUUUUUUAAUUUUUUUUUUUUAGAUGGUGACCAACUUGCUUUAAAGGGCUAAUAUUUUCAACUAAUUUUCUCUGUAAAGGCUUCAAACUCAAAUAUCGCAGUUAUUAUUUGGUUUGUCAAUUGAACAAAUAUCCAAACGCACACAUUUCAAACCCAUUUCUUGUGGAAGAUGGAAGCACACUUAGUAUCUGAACUUUUAUACGUUAAAAGUUUUUGCCAAUUUUUAUCGUAUCUCUCUAUAGGAGCAAUUUCAUGUCAAUUCAUUUUUCAAAUUGUAUUCAUCAUGGCAAGUUGAGUAAAUUCUUGCAACAACUGCAUUAAAAAAAUAAAUAAAUACAAAAUCUCUGAUAAUUCUAAGUGUGUUUUUAUUUUGUAUUCUCCAAGUUCCCUAAGCCCUUCAAGUGAUACUUUUUAUUAAUUGUAAGUUGAAGAACAAAGACAAUUAUUUAUUGUUUUGUAAAUAUUUGUAGUUUUUAAGACAUGUGAAUCCAGUCUGAAGAGAAAAUGAUUGCAAUGAGCGCGGGUGUUGUUCAUAUGGUUUAGCUGGAUUUGUUUUUUUUUUAUAAUAUGCUUUAACCUUCUCAUUUGAUUUUAAAUUGUUUAUUGUUAUUAGGUUUUUUUUUUAUUGCAUUCAUAUAUUUAGCAUUGAUGUUGACAUCUUUCUUUUAUUUUGUACCGUCUCCUACCCUCCCAGUGGUUCUUGUUAGUAGUAAUAAUGCCUAGUUUUAGUAAAUGUAAAUAUAUUAAUUAUAAUAUUUAUUUGUUUAAUUACUUUUUGUAUUGUUAUUUUCGAUAUAAUGUGCUUCCCUGAAUGUACAUAACGAAACAUCAUCAGCAAUUAUUCAAAAUUACAUAAAUUGAUAAGGAAAAAAUUAUUCUACGAUAGUAUAUUUUUCUAAAUGGAAUUUGUAAAAGUCUGUCUUUGAUUUUGAUAGAGCAGCAGUUUUGUAUAUUGAUAGUGUUUUUUGAUAAUUUUGUGAGAAAAUAAUCAAACCGAUUAAUUUAUUAUGUAGUAUAAAACAUUCCAUUUUAUACAAAUUUGUCAAAUUAUAAAAAAAGUAUUUGUAAAUUGUAAGUAGUUUGAUUAUUUUCGCACGCCCUCCUUGGACCCACUGCGUAGAAGAAAAAAAAAAUGUAUUAUAUUAUUUUAUGAGAAAAAGUGGGAGCAAUAUGUACACAAAUUUUAAAAAAUAAUGUACAUAGUACAAGCCAUUUAUAUAAAAAGAAUAAAAUAUUUACAAUAA